UAAUAACUUUUGCGUAACAAUAUGCAUGACCGAUUGAUGUAAAUUAACCCGACGGGCGAAAUCAAUAGGCAGCAAUCGUUUUUGGGAUAUCCACGAACAUUAUUUUCAAUUUUUUUUUUUCACCAAAAUAUCUCGUUAUCACGGAUCUUCAACGUCAGAACGUCACAUUCGCAUUUAAUUUUAUUCCUGUGGUUCGCUCGCCUAUCAAUUUUCUUACUGUAUUUUUUGUGUCUGAAACUGUUUUAUAAUUUUUUUCUCGUAAGCCGAAUUGGUUUUACUCGUACGAAUUACUGCCAAUCUGAUCUCUCCCGACUCGUUACAAUGACAUCUUCAGAUAAGAAAUCGUUGGUCGAUACGAUCGUUGGCUACAGACCACCGCCGGUCACCAAAGAAUCAGCAAUAAAUUUCUAUGCUCCGGCUUUUGGUACAUUAAACUAUACAUUUUUGUCUCUCAAUGUGAUGAACCCAAGACUCUUGCAAAGGAUCGUACCUAAGCCAGAUCUCACAAAUACAUUUUUAUUCAGCUCAUGUUUGGGAUCUGCUCUCUUCAUUGCUGGACGACCUCAUCUCAGUGAAGCACCAAUAAAACUACGCAUCAUCUUUAGUGUGUACGGAUCAGUCUUGUUCAACACAGGAUCAGUUUUGACAUGGGCUAUUGUACGCAGUUUAUUGCCGAACAACUCUAGUUUAGCUACAGUGGCCGGUUUGAUUUCAGGAUGUUUGUUGACUGGUUGUGGUAUUGUUUAUUUAAAUUACAACGACAAAGCUAUUAAAGCAAACAAUAAGUAAAUUUGAUUGUAUUUAGUAAUAUCA